AUGUCCUUGAUCCUUUUUGCCUGCGUGGUAAGGGUGAGGGAUGGACUGCCCCUCUCGGCCUCCACUGAUUUCUACCACAGCCAAGACUUCCUGGAAUGCAGGAGACGCCUCAAGACUUUAGCCUCGCGACUGGCCCAGUAUCCAGGUCGAGGUUCCGCAGAAGGAUGUGACUUCAGCAUCCACUUCUCUUCUGCAAGGGACGUGGCCUGCAUGGCUAUCUGCUCCCUCCAGUGUCCGGCAGCCAUGGCCUUCUGCUUCCUGGAGACCCUGUGGUGGGAAUUCACAGCUUCCUAUGACACCACCUGCGUCGGCCUCGCCUCCAGGCCAUAUGCCUUUCUCGAAUUUGACAAUGUCAUUCAGAAAGUGAAGUGGCAUUUUAACUAUGUAAGUUCCACCCAGAUGGACAGCAGCUUAGGAAAAAUUCAGGAGGAACUCAAGUUCCAGCCACCAGUGGUUCUCACCCUGGAAGACACAGAUGUGGCCAAUGGGGUGAUGAACGGACACACACUGAUGCACCUGGAGCCAGCCCCUAAUUUCCGAAUGGAACCAGUGACAGCCCUGGGCGUCCUCUCCCUUAUUCUUAACAUCAUGUGCGCUGCCCUGAACCUCAUUCGUGGAAUUCACCUCGCAGAACAUUCUUUACAGGUUGCACAUGAAGAAAUUGGAAAUAUUCUGGCUUUUCUUAUUCCUUUUGUAGCCUGCAUUUUCCAGUGUUACCUGUACCUGUUCUACAGUCCAGCCAGGACUACGAAGGUGGUGCUGAUGCUGCUCUUCAUUUGCCUGGGCAACGUGUACCUGCAUGGGCUGAGGAACCUCUGGCAAAUCCUCUUCCACAUAGGAGUGGCUUUCCUGUCUUCGCAUCAGAUACUGACAAGGCAGCUUCAGGACAAGCAGUCUGACUGCGGAGUGUGA